AGUCAGCUCUCAACCAGAGAACAGUAUUGUUGUACUACAUAAAAUAAAAAAAUUUUUAAAAAACAAUUUUUUUUUCCAUUUAAUUUAACAAUAUAUUUAUAUUAUAAUAAUAAUUUAUUUAUUAUAAAUAAAAUUAUAUUUUGUACUUGAAUAAAAUUAUUAAUAAAAAUUGUUAAAAAAAAAAAAAUUACAUUUAUUUAUUUAAUUGAUAAGUAAAUAAUUAUUUGUAAUUUUUAUUUUUUUUUUUGUUUAUUUUAUUUUAUGAAUAAUAAAUAUACACGAGGGUAUAUUUUUAUUAUUAAUAUAUAUUUUUUUGUCAAUGAUGGAUGUUUGAAGUGAGACACGUCAUAAACAAGAUUGCAGCGUGACUUAACAUACAACAACAAAUCUCGGAUUGAAGUAUAUACCAUUGUGCUUUGUGUGUGUUUGUGAUGAAAAAGUGAAACGAAAAAAAAAUAAAAUAAAUUGUGUUUGAGUGUCAGUGUGUUGAGUAUGUGCAAAAAAUAAUGUAGAAAAUAAAAAAAAAAAUAAAAAAAAUUGCAACUGGUGAUAGUAGCCUCGCGUUAGGGGUUGGUGAUUUUUUUUUUUUAAAUUUUAUUUGUUCAUUUUUUUAUUGUAUUUUUGGUAAAUGGUAUUUUGGUGAAGGUGUAGUAUGUGUUGAGGGGUUUUUUUUUUUGGUGGAGGAAGGGUCAUGCUCGGUAUGUCCGAGAUGACAAACGAGAUGAAAAUGAAACGACUCGAGAACUGAGAUGUCCCGGAGGAACACCGAGACAUGAAAGAAGACUUCAGGGUGACGGGGCUUGGCACGGCAACAGCAAGUAGUUGUCAGCGGUAGCAGUUAGCCAACAAUAUAAAAAAAAAUAUAUAUAUAAAAAAAUAAAAAAAAGAGCUAAUUAAAUUAAAAUUUUUUUUUUUUAACAAAUAAUAAUCAUGACUUUGUCAAUUGCUGAUGCUGAAAAUCGUGUUGUAUUAAAUGUCGGUGGAAUAAGACAUGAAACAUAUAAAGCAACAUUAAAAAAAAUACCAGCAACAAGAUUAUCAAAAUUAACUGAAGCACUUGGAAAUUAUGAUCCAAUAUUAAAUGAAUAUUUUUUUGAUAGACAUCCUGGUGUAUUUGCACAAGUAUUAAAUUAUUAUCGUACUGGAAAACUUCAUUAUCCAACUGAUGUUUGUGGACCAUUAUUUGAAGAAGAACUUGAUUUUUGGGGUCUUGAUUCAAAUCAAGUUGAACCAUGCUGUUGGAUGACAUAUACACAGCAUCGGGACACGCAAGAAACACUGACUGUACUGGACAGAUUGGAUCUUGACACGGAAAAACCAAGUGACGAAGAAUUGGCGCGUAAAUUUGGAUUUGAAGAUGCGUAUUACGAAGGGAGGCUAACAUGGUGGCAAAAAUUAAAGCCAAAAAUGUGGUCAUUAUUUGAUGAACCAUACUCGUCAAAUGCAGCCAAGAUAAUUGGUGUUAUCUCCGUAUUCUUUAUCUGCAUAUCAAUAUUGUCAUUUUGUCUAAAAACACAUCCAGAUAUGCGUGUACCAGUUAUUAAAAAACGUACAAUACAAAAUGGAAAUAAAACAAGUUUUAUGAUUGAUAAAGAAUUAACAAAUUCUCAUGAUGCAUUUUUUUACAUUGAAUGUAUAUGUAAUGCAUGGUUUACAAUUGAAUUUUUAAUAAGAAUAACAGCAAGUCCAUCACGUUGUGAAUUUGUAAAAUCAUCAGUUAAUUUAAUUGAUAUGAUUGCAACAAUGAGUUUUUAUGUUGAUUUAACACUACAAAAGUUCGCCUCCCAUCUUGAAAAUGCCGAUAUACUUGAAUUUUUUAGUAUAAUACGUAUUAUGAGAUUAUUUAAAUUAACAAGACAUUCAUCUGGUUUAAAAAUAUUAAUUCAAACAUUUCGUGCAUCGGCAAAAGAGCUCACCCUAUUGGUUUUUUUUCUGGUCCUCGGCAUCGUCAUCUUCGCCAGCUUGGUCUACUACGCUGAAAGGAUUCAGUAUAAUCCAGAUAAUGAUUUUAAAAGUAUACCACUUGGUUUAUGGUGGGCACUUGUCACUAUGACCACUGUUGGAUAUGGUGAUAUGGUACCAAAAACAUAUAUUGGAAUGUUUGUUGGUGCAUUAUGUGCACUUGCUGGUGUAUUAACAAUCGCCCUGCCAGUGCCCGUGAUCGUUAGCAAUUUUGCUAUGUAUUACAGUCACACGCAGGCGCGAGCCAAGCUGCCCAAGAAGAGGCGUCGAGUCCUUCCGGUUGAGCAACCCCGGACACGUGCUGGGGUACCGGGGGUUGGAGGACAGACACAGGGUCCACAAAGACCAUGUAGUCAGCAAGUUGCCCUCCUACCCCCGGGGGGUGGGAGAUGUGGAGGUGGACAAGUCGUAGGACAAAAUAGACGAAUGAAUGCCAUUAAACCAAAUCAUCCAAAGGAUCCAUUUGCAAUUAAAAUUGAUGAUACUAGGAGAAAUUCAAACGUGAGGACCAACGGGACCAAGACAACAGCCAAUCAAGAUAUUGGCUGGAGUAAAUCAUCUUCUGGCCUCGGUUAAUAAGUGAAAAUUAUAAAAAAAAUUUACAAAUGGAAUGUGAUUAAAUUAAAAUAGAUAACAACACACUCCACUGCCGCAAAAAUAAAAAAAAAUUUUUUAAAAACGGGCUCUCCUGGAGAUAAUUCGAAAGGAAAUUUUAAAAAUCUAUAUUUAAAAUGGAACUCAAUAUAGUGUGAUCGUAGUGAAUAUAAAAAAAAAAAAAAUUUUAAAUAUUAUAAAUAAAUAGGUAAAUAAAUUUAAAAAAAAUAAAGUGUGAGAAUGUGUGUGAAUAAAUAGAGGCUGUUUUGAGUUAAAUGCUCAGUGAGAUAUUGUAUUUUAAAUAAUUAAAAAAAAAAAAAAUAUAUAAAUAAAUAACAGAAUAAUUAAAUAAAGAGUGUCUUUAUAUUAAAAAAAAAAAAAUUGCGGAAUUUAAAAAAGCCAAGUCCAGCAUGAUGAUUAUAAACUACUCAAAUUAUUUCAAGGUAUGUUUUAAAAUUUUAUCGGACCACACGAGGUUAAUAAUAACAAAAAAAAAUAUAUAUAAAACCAAAAAAAAAAAAACAAUUAAAUAUAAAUAAAUAAUUAUUAAUAAUAUUAAUAAUAUUAAUAAUAAUUUUGGGCUUGAAGAAAAUAUAAAAAUAAAAAAAAAAAAACGUACAUAUUCACAAUAAUCUUUGACGACCACAAUUAAACCUUAUCUUUUCUCGUUCGUGAUAAAUUAAAUAAAUGAUUCAAACAAUCACAAUCAUGGGGCCGUUCUAGAUAUUAUUACAAUAGAAAAAAAGAAAUAAAAAAAAAAUUAUAUAGAUAUAUAAAUGAGCGAGCUACCCCUCGGGAAAACGGAAAAAAUAAAUUGCCCACCCACGCUGCCUUUUGUCAUAAAUAUAAAAAAUAAUAAAUAAAUAAAAAAAAAAAUAUAUAAAUUCGCAAACAUGAAAAAUUACAUAAACACAAGAAUAAUAUAACUUGUGAAAAAUAUUUCACAUUUGAAUGUUAUAUAUAUUUUUGUGAAGCCCCCCUUAAUUGGCUCAACCAUCAAAUUUAUUUAUAAACAUCAACCUCAAUUUAUUUUAUUUAUUUUUCUUCAUUUCCUAUAUGUUCACACAUGAUCCACAAAUAUCAUUUGAAUUUUUUUUCUUUUAUUUAUCUAUCAUUUUGCACUUUUAUAUGUUUGGGAAAGCCUCACGUUUAUUGCAAAUAACCCCAAAGAAAAAAAAAAGCCAUAAGGAAAAAAAAAUUCAAAACCCUCGCAGCCUAAUAUAUUUUCGAUAGUCAGUCAAAAUUGAGGAAAAAAAUAAAAUAAAAUAAAAAUCAUAUGAAAAAUAAAAGGGACGCACGCACAGAGUAUACAAUUUUUUUUAUUUUUAUUAUUAAAAAAGUUUUUUUCACUAACAGAAAAAGUUUUAAAACUCACCAUAUCAAUUUUUGAAUAAAAGAAAUGAUUUCACUUUUUUUUUUCAUUUUCAUUUGCCUUUGUAAAUGUUGAAUAAUUUUUUUCAUUUUCAUUUUCAUUUUAAAAAACAAACAAUUGACGUAAAAAAAAUACUAAUUUUGUUAUUAUAUUUCAAAAUAAAUAAAAAAUUAUUUAAACAAACAAAUGGACAUGUAAUAUUUGACAACAGAUUGUCUUUGAGAGUUGAAAAUUUAAACGUAUACGUGUUUUGAAUAAAAUAAAUACGCGUAAUAUUAAAAAAAUAAUAAAAAUGACAAUAAUUCGCGAGGGAAUUGUUUUGCAAUGGAGGGUAGAAUGGUAAAUUUUGAGAGAUAAGUGGCUUUUCCAAACGCAAAGAAUCAUAGUUUUUUAUUUUUUUUUUUUUUUUUAUAUUUUUAUUCAACACAUAGAUCUACCCUUACGCCGCUGGGACCAAUCAUCAGCCACUUUUCACCCCUUACCUUUUUUCCACCCACACAUUUACUUGGCCCGGGAAUUUUCCCACAAAAGCAUUUUUUUUUUUUCAUUUUUAUUAUACUAUUUUUAUUUCUCCAUUUCCACUGUAACUAUUUUUUUUUUUUCUACAAUUUUGUAAUGAAUAUAAAUUCGAUUUUUCCAAUUUCAUGUCAACAAACUUAUUUAUAUUUUCCGCAAUACAUUGGCUAGAUGGACCAUAACGCAAAAAAAAAAAAAAACGCCCAUAUUUGAAUAAGAAAAAAAAAGAAAUUUAGUAGAUUAAAAAUAUCAAUAUAAUAUUGGAUAAAAAAAAAUUCACCGACACACACAUUCAUGCACAAAAUAAUAAUAUUCAAAAAUAAAAAAAAAUAAAAAAUAUAUUGUAUAUAAAAAAAAAAUACAUGGAGAUUAUCCGUAAUAUUUAUUCUUCUUUCUAUCGACAUAUCAGUGCAAAAAAAAAAAUAAUUUUCACAACAAAAAACUAAUAUAAUAUAGCUAUUAUUUUCUUUUCUGUACUUCUCUAAGUGUGUAUAAUAUUUCUCCUGAUUAAAAAAAAAAUAUACAUAUAAAUAGGUAUUUCCUGGCGUUUUUCGAGACUAAAUUUUCCAAGUAAUGGACAUUUUCCUCGCUCGAUUUUCAACGAGCCGCCAAGAGCAAAAAAAAUUGUAUAAAAAUUGAGUAUAUUAAAUGCACAUAAGGCGAAUGUUGAAGGAAAAAAUUUAACAGUAAAUUAUAAUAAAUAAAUUAUUAUUUUAUAUAUAUUUAAAGGCCAUACAUAAUUUUUUAUUUAAUCCAGGCAUGAUUUUGUAAUCGCGUGCACAAAAGCUAGCGUUAUAUCGAUUCUCGGCUUUUGUCGUUGCGAGGAAACCCAAGGCAUACAAAAGAUCCAAAAGAAAAUUUUAAAAAAAUGUAAUAAUAUGAAAAAAAAAAAUAAAAAUACAUAAAAUGAAAAUGACAUAAUGAAAAUAAUAUUAUAACAAAAGAAAUAAAUUCAUCAAUCGUAUACACAUAUCCGGUUUAUCAUCAGGCCUUUUACUAUCAUUCUUUGACCGUUGAAUUAAAUUUUGAUGAAUAGUAAAAAAAAAAAUAAUAACUUAAUUUAGAAAAAAAUAAAAUUGUAAAUUAAUAAUAAUUAAUGAACAUUUUUUGUAUUUUGUAAACUCAAAAUAAUAUAGAGUUUGCUUAUUUUUGAUUAAAAAAAAAAUAAAAUAAAAUAAAUCAAUAAAAAAAAAAAAUAAAACCAAUGACAGGAUUUUAAAAAUAAAUAAAUUACAAGUGAGAUAAAUAAAUAAUAAUAAUAAUUAUAAUCAUAGUAAUAAAUAUAAUAAUAAAAAAUUCAAAAACAUUAAUACUUUAUAGCACCCAUAAAUUUCCAAAAAAACUUUUUACACACACGAGAAAAGAAAAAAUAAAUAAAUAAAACCAAAAUUAAGCACAAGUGCGUGACAAGUGCUCGUAUGUUGAAAAAAAAAAAAAAAAUAACAAAAAUUAUAUAAAAAUGAUAAAACUUUUCCUGUAUCAUCUGGUCCAGAAUAAAUUUUUUUUUUUAUUUUCUUUAUUUCCAUUGUCACGGCUGGUGCUGAUAGAGGAGCUUUAGAUGGUUUGGAAAAUUGGGUGGGAGAGCACAUAAGUGGUAUAAAAGGGAGAAAAUAGGGGAAGAGAGUUGACACCAACGAUCGAUUGUGGUGCACAUUUACGCAAAUAGACUCUGCUAAAAGUAAUAACGAAGAAAUGUCAAAAAACAAUUGUCCAAAAAAAGAAAGAAAAAUCAAGAAAAUAAUUAUUCAUUGUUAAAGUUUUUUAUUUUUUUUUCCUUUCAUAAAUCAUUUGUAAAUUUAAUAAUUUAAAAUCUUGAUUUAUUCUUUUUUUUUUUUUUCGUUUAACAAAUAAUCAUCAAGUUGUAAUUAGAAUUUUUAGUUGUUUAAUUGAUGACGACAUUUAGUUCCUUGAAUAAAGAAAAAUUCAUUUGACGAAAAAAAAAAGGAGGAAUAAAAACUUAAGCACAGUAACCAUAAAGAAUCUCACAAAAAGCUCUGAGAAAAAAAAAAAAUAAAAUUAACGAGUAUAAAAAAAAUAAUGACACACAAAACAACGAAAUUAUAGGGGAAAUUUUUAGAAAAAAAAAAAAAUAAAUUGUAUAUACACAGAGGGAACAAAAGGUGA